AUGACCGGCCCCCCGCCCAACAAGAAGCGCGUCAUUGUGGUGGGCGCCGGCGCAUCCGGCAUGUCGGCCUGCCACGCCCUCUCGCUCUGCCCGGACAAGUUUGACGUGACCCUCUACGACAAGCAGUGCUCCCUCGGCGGCUCGGCGACGUCCUACCAGCUGCCGGAUCCGGCCAAGUACGGCUCGCAGUACAUCAACGACGGCGUGCAAGGUGCCAGCCCCGUCUUCCACAACACGUUCAAGGUGUUUGAGUCGGUCCUCGGCUUCAAGGCGCAAGAGGUCGGCCUGCAGAUCUCGUUUGGCAAGGGCAAGGACACGUUCUGGUCCAACGUGUUUCCCUCGGAGCUCGUCGACCGCUUCAGCGACGACAUCAAAAAGUUUGGCAAGACGCUGCGCACCAUCAAGCGCUUCGAGGUGUUUUUCGCCGUCAUCCCCGUCCACCGCAUGCUGCGCCUCUUCGGCUUCAGCGACGACUUUGGCGAGCGCAUGGUCUACCCGCUCGUCGCCCUCUUUUUCGGCACGGGCAACGACACCAAGCACAUUUCGUCGGCCAUCCUCGAGCGCGUCUUUCUCGACCCGAGCAUGCGCCUGUUCGAGUACAGCGAAGACAGCCUGCUGGCCAGCGUGCCCACCAUGAUGGCCUUCCCGGAGCUGGCGCGCGUCUACGCCGCCUGGAGGGACGAGGUGUCCAAGAACGGCAACAUCCGCGUCGAGACGAGCCGCGAGGUCACCGAGAUCCAGCGCGGCACCCGCGAGGCGCGCAAGGCCGGCGGCAACAUCCUCGUCACCAGCCGCAAGGUCGACAAGGACGGCAAGCCGCUCGCCACGGGCGACGAAGAGGCGCGCACCGAGGUCUACGACGACCUCAUCCUCGCCUGCGACGCCGACACGAUCCUCAAGGUGCUCGGCAAGGGCACCUCGUGGCGCGAGCGCAAAGUCCUCGGCUCCGUCACUUACAAGUGGGACAUCACAUCGACCCACAACGACGUCGAGUACAUGGAGCGCCACUACCAGAUGACGUACGACGCAAAGUACAACGCCGACCGCCACGACGACAAGUCCAAGGAGUCGUUCGCCUUUGCCGAAAAGAACUGGAAGCCCCUCUACCUCAUCAAGAUGUACGACGACGACCCGGCCCUCAUCGAGAUGAGCUUCGACCUGACAAACUACCAGCCCCAGUUUGGCGGCGUGCCCGCCACGGGGCCCAACGAGGGCGGGGCGCGGUCCGAGUCGAGCGCGCCGCCGACCGAGCGACAGGGUCCCCAGGGCCGCCAGGGCGACUCGCAGGAGGCAUCGCUGUCCAAGCCCGCCCCGCGCAGCGAGGGGAGCAGCGAGCAGCCGCCGCUGUCGGACCACGUCUUCCAGACGAUUUUCCUCAACCGCGACCUGUCGGACAAGUGGACAAAGGACGAGAUCCGCGCCGACAAAGUCAUUCUCGAAAAGUGGUGGAAGCAGCAGAGCCACCGCUGGACGCACUACGCCUACGUCGUGCCCUGGCUCUGGGCCAUCAACGGCAAGAACCACACCCAGUUCUGCGGCGGUUGGACCCUCGUCAACAUGCAUGAGGUCGCCAUCGUUAGCGGCUACGCUGCCGCCUAUGCCCUCGGCGCACCCUACCCCUUCCAGGACGACAAGGAGUGCAGCCGGCUGUUUUACCUCUACAACGCCCUCAGCCACCUCGGUUUCUCCAACAUCAAAAAGGCCCUGACCGGGUAG